AUGAAUACGAUUCGAUCAGUAGGCUACGGCUGGGGCGUCCUCAUUAUCGCAGGCGGCGGAUCAUACUACUUUGCGAAACGAAGCAUCAAUGCCGACCGAGAACAGCGAGCACUUGACGAGGAACGCCGAAGACAGCAACGCGAGCGACUACGAGUACAGGAAGCUGUAUCACGAGACAUGAGAAUGGGACAAUCGGGCGGAAGAGAUCCAGACGCCAGCCGGCCGCCGGUAUCAGAUCGUCCUUCGCCAAGUCGAGAGGCUGCUGAGGACCCCGCACCAGUAACACAUGCGGAGGGGAAUGAAUCACGAGGGAAGUACGAAGCAGCGGAGCCGUUCAGAUCAAGAAAAGGGGAUAGAUUCAGUUGA